AUGGGGAGGUGUGAGUAUGAGGAGGGGAAGGUGGGGAGGAGGGUGGAGGCGCUGAGGAGGCGGAUUGUGGGGUGGCAGGAGUUUAUUCAGGUGGUUCAGAUGCUGGCUCAGGCGGAUGCGCUGGACCCGCAGAGCAGCACGCUCACGCCGCUCGGGGAGAUUGCCGCCAAGGUGAGCUGCGACAUGGCCUGUCCAGAAUCUCCCUCUCCUUGCCUAUUAUCUGCUCCACCCUCCCUCCCCUGCACGCAGGUGCGAAGAGGAAACGAGCUGUGGAACGCGGUGGCGCUCUCGCACCCCUCCCUCCCGCGCCUCUCUCCACCAGCCAUAGCGGGGUGCUGCGCUGCUCUGGUGUCUGAAGGCAUGCGCAUGCGCACAGGCGAUGGCAUUUCGCCCUCCUUCCCGUACGAGCCUUCCUGGGAGGUGCAAGAGUGGGUGUACGAAGCUGAAGAGCGUCGCGAUUGGCUGAUGCAGCUCCAGCUGGCUGCCAACGUGGCAAUCCUUGCUGACCUGGACGCGCAAUUCGCUGGAGUGGUGGAGGCGUGGGCGCAGGAUGUGACGUGGCGCCAGCUCAUCGCUGACUGUGCAGGGUUGGACGAGGGGGACAUUGCGCGACUGCUAAGGCGCACCAUUGAUAUACUUUCUCAGCAUUAUCUAUCUGUUUCCGGAAUGCCUUGUUACGUGCCCUACCUCUCUCACUCUCCUCCAUGUCCCCACUCUCCCUUUCUCCCACCCUCGCUCGCUCCUCUUAUUGCCUCUCACGUUAUCCCUGCCUCUGCCUUUUCCACCUCUCUCCUCCUCUCCCCUCAAACUCUCCGUGUGCGGAUCCCGUAUCUUCCAGGCAUCGAUCCCUCAUUGGCCAAGGCGGCAAAGCAGUCAGCUUAUGUCAUGGAGAGGCCACCUAUCUUCGAGCUCAUUGGCUGA